AUGGAAUUAACUAAAAUUGAUUCACUAUAUCCAACACAAUCCAUACAGAUUUCUAAUCAGCGAUCCACUAUAAAAAGUUCAGAUGUAAUGAGUCAUGCAGAAAAUGAUAAUUUUGAAUUUGAUAAUGUAAUAUUAGACAAUAAUAAAACAUUUUUAUCAAAAAACAAAAGCCAUGAAUUGGUUGAGACUAAAAGUCAAUGUAAAUAUUAUUUUUCUGUUCUCGAAGAUUUAGCUGAAGUAAAGGUAAAGGUUCAAAAAUUUUUGAUGAAUCAAAACACCAUUUUAAACAAGUUGGAUAAAUUACUAACAAAGGAUUGUUCAGUUGAUAACUGCCUACCCAAUAUUACAUCAAUACAAAUUGAUGAAUUUGAAAUACACUUCAAUGAACAUUUUUCCUUUAAAAGAAUUAACACAAUUGAAUCAUAUUAA